UUUAAGUAUUCGCUAACCAAAUACAAGCAAAGGCCUGCCCAUAUACCACCUUAUACUCAACGCAUUUAUAGAAGUCAUUAACAACGACGGCCAACGGCCAAGUGGCAACGUGCAACGUCAACAAAAUGAUCUUAAGAAUACUUCUACUGUCCCUGGUGGCGGCGGCGCAGGCGCAGUACCAUCAGUUUGGCGAGCAGCUCCAGACGGCCCACGGAUCCGAUUGUGCACUUCUGCUGGCCGGACCCGGUCGCUCCUCCGUCUACGACUACAACGUGAAUCUAUUCCGCGGCACUUUGAACCCUUACAACAAUGGACCCGGAACUUGCAUCACUUACGAUGCCAUCAAUGCGGCCUACUUGGAUGCACGCAAGCGUAUUCAUGUGGCUCAGCCAAAGUCUGACUGGAAGCCCGAGGAAUUGGCCACCGUGGGCGAACUGCUGCUCGACAUUUCCAUUCAAUUGGCCCGAACAUAUGGCUUAUCGUAUGAAGAAAUCGAGAAGGGACUGCCCACGAUCGAUACCUCGAAGACCCUGAUCCGUGAGGUGUGUCCACCGUUCUUUGCCGGAGUUGAGUGUCGCCCGGGAAAGUACCGGCGAUUCGAUGGUCUCUGCAACAACAUCGAGCAUCCCACCUGGGGGGCAGCAAAUGCUCCAUUCCAGCGCCUGAUUGGCCCACUAUAUUCGGACGGAAUCAACGCUCCCAGGAUCUCGGUGACUGGACGGGAUCUGCCCUUCUCCCGAGUGGUUUCACGCACCAUGCAUCCCGACGAUGGCUUCCACGAUCAUGCGGGCACUGUGAUGGUCAUCGCCUGGGGUCAGUUCAUGGAUCACGACUUUACGCUCACGGGAACGCCACUGGAUCCCAUUAACCGCAAUGACCCCGAGGAGUGCUGCAAGCGACCUUUGCAUCUGAAGCACCCGUACUGCAAUGAGAUCCGCAUUCCCGAUGAUGACUACUUCUACCGUCUGUUUAAUGUCAAGUGCAUUGAUUUCGUGCGCGGCUUCCCUUCACCUCGUCCGGGCUGCAAAUUAGGAUCCCGUCAGCAGUUCAACACCUUGACAGGUGUCAUCGAUGCCAAUACCGUUUAUGGCGUGAAGGAAGCCUUUGCCCGCAAGCUGAGAACUGGCUACGGUGGAUUGAUGCGCAUGAAUCCGGUGUUCCAGGAGUACGGGUUGAAGGAUCUGCUGCCCCUCAAGUUGGACAUUCCCGAUGAGGGCUGCACGCGACCCAAUAAAAGCAUGUACUGUUUCGAGGGCGGUGAGAUCCGUGUUAAUGAGCAACUGGUGCUCACCUGUAUGCACACCUUGAUGGCCCGCGAACACAAUCGACUGGCUACCGGAUUAUCGCAGAUCAACAAGCACUGGGACGAUGAGACCCUCUUCCAGGAAUCCAGACGCAUCAAUAUCGCCAUAGUUCAGCACGUCACCUUCAACGAAUUUCUGCCCAUUUUACUGGGCAAGGAAGUGAUGGAAAAGUUCGGUUUGGUUCUGCAGAAGGACGGCUACUGGGAUGGCUACGAUCCCACAGUAAAUCCCGGCAUCAUUGACUCCUUUGCCGGAGCAGCCUUCCGUUUUGGCCACUCCCUGCUGCCAACAGCCGUGGAGCGCUGGUCCAAGGCCCACAAAUUUAUUGCCUCCAAGCGUCUGUCGGAUCUGAUCAGGCGACCUUACGAUCUGUACCGCGCUGGAGUCCUGGAUGAGUACUUCAUGGGCCUGAUGAACCAGGUGGCCCAGGCCAUGGACGACUCGAUCACCCAGGAGGUCACCAAUCAUCUGUUCAAGAAGGAGGGCGCCCGGUUCGGAAUGGAUCUGGUGUCCUUUAAUAUGCAGCGCGGUCGGGAGUUUGGCAUUCCCGGCUACAUGGAGUUCAGGAAGUUCUGCGGUCUGCCCACCUCUAACACUUGGGACGAGAUGUACGGUUCCAUGCCCAAUGAGACGGUUCUGCGAUAUGGCAGCAUCUUUGAACACCCUGCUGAUAUCGAUCUUUGGUCUGGCGGCGUCUCUGAAAAAUCCCUGCCCGGUUCGAUGUUGGGACCGACUUUUGCCUGCGUUAUCGCCACCCAAAUGAGUUAUCUGCGCCGUGGAGAUCGUUUCUGGUAUGAGCUGCCCAACCAGCCCUCAUCAUUCACACCCGAGCAACUGCAGGAGAUCCGCAAGGCGAAGCUAUCCCGUUUGAUCUGCGACAACACCGACUUGAUUGAUACUGUACAGAUUUAUCCUAUGGUCUUGCCGGAUCAUGAAAUUAACCCCCGUGUGCCCUGCAAGAGCGGUAUUAUACCAUCAAUUGAUCUGACUAAGUGGGCGGACUUUGGCGGUCAUGGCGUAGACCCCUCUCUCUAUAACUACAUCAAUGAAAUACCCGACACGCUGCUGAACUUUAGGAAGUAACUGCCAUUUGUGUUUCCCACGUUUUGUUUAACAAUCUCGAUUCAUUUUUUGGACUCCAUAUCUUUAUCUUCAGUCCUCUAUAGUUCUACAUCCUUCCUCUUUUCACUGCUUAGUCUCUUUACUAGUCUUUGCUCACCAUCCGCAUUUCUAUAGCCAGUCAGUAGUUUUGACACUGCCAUUCUUCUUCAGAGCUCUUUCCAGCAUUUCCAUGCAUGAACCACACAUUCUCUGUAUAUAUUAUUAUUAAAUAGCAGAAAUAGAGCCUUUAAGUUAAAGCAUAUCGAAGCAAUCAGAAACAACGAUAAAGAAAACAUAAAUCAUUUUUAAAAUAUAUCUCGAUGUAAGUUUUUGUAUAUGCAAGUAUUUUUUAAAUAAAAUUUAAAAACAAUAUUUGUUCAA